AGGAGAAAGACCGUCAAACACAUAAAAACAAAACAAUUAUAAUAUAUAAAGUAGAAUCCAUGGCUAACAUUAACAAACACGAGCUUGUGGGGGAACAGAAGAUUAUGUUUUUCGGUCAGAACCGUUCGGUUGUGUGGAAAAACCUGACGAAAUUGGAUGAAAUGGAGAAUCCACAAGAAUCCGAAGAAGACCAAAUAACGACGACUACCAAUGAGUUCCAUACCGUGGAGAUGAUACCAUCGACGACUGUAGCAGAGGAUCUGGAGAGUUCUCCGACAAUAGAACUACGGGACUUAGGUUCAUGGCGCGACCGAUUGUACGAGAUCACCGAUGGAUUAAAGAACGUAUUCCAAAGGGUUUACAACGUAUUGAACUGGAAUAUGACUACCACGACCGAAAUCGAACCGCUGCACAAUACGUGACCAAUAUAUACAAAUAUUAAUUAUAUAUUCUUGGAUGUAUUUGAUUACAAUACAUUACAAUUUUAGCAGUGUUUUACAUAAUGAGUAAUCUUACUAUUCCUGUUUUCUUCUUCUUUGGCUGGGGUGGCGCGAACUGUGUUUCCUAUAAAACAAUUGAAAUGAGUGAAAUCGCAAAAGAUCUCAUACAAUCUGAAUACAAAAGAACCAGGAGCUAAGAUUAAUACUAAAUGUUCCUGUACUUUAUCUUUAUCGUUAAGAUACCUAAUAAUGAAGUACCGUUCAUCCACAUGAUAUGGUCAUGGAGCAUUUGCUUCAUAGAAUACCCAUACACACCACCGCUGGAGUUUCGUACCUUCGUACGAUUCGUACGGAAGGUACGAAGGAGUCAGGUCAGUUAGGGUUAGGACAACAAUUUGAAUUACACAUAUUAUAAUUUUU